CCAUGGCGCACAACUGUAGACCUGAAACUGUAUUCCUCAUAAUCGAUGAUCUCAACUUAGUUUCCUCUCUAGUGGCAUGAAGUAGGCUAGCUGGGGGAAGAUAGGUACCGGUGCUAUGGAGCGAGCUGAAAAUACUAUCUGAUAACGGUAUCCGCUGAUAGACCGCUGAACUUUGUGUUCACAUCAAAAAGUUGAGAACCCGAAGAGAGAGACAAAAACAGCCAUGCAGUUCAAAUACAGAAGGCACUGAUUUAUUUUUAUAUGCUUUUCUGUUGUCCUUCAAGUGCUGGCCAAGAUGUCUGUGGAGGAACAGGAAUAUCCAGAGGCGACUCUGGUUGCAGAGGCCGGGCCGCAGUGGUUUCGGGCGGAAUUAGAACGCCUAUCCCGGGAGUUGAGCGAGACGACUCAUGAGAAGAUCCAGGCGGCGGAAUACGGGCUUGCGGUGCUCGAAGAGAAGCAACUACUCAAACAGCGGUAUGAUGAGUUGGAGACUGAGUUCGAGACCGUUCGGCAGGAACUCGACCAGCUGAAGGAGGCGUUUGGUCAGGCCUACUCCACCCAUAGGAAGGUGGCUGCAGAUGGGGAGAGCAGGGAGGAGUCACUGAUGUUGGAGUCAGCCAGUAAGGAGGCCCAAUAUCACCAGAUGGUCCUGGAGCUGCAGAAUGACCUGCGGUCUGCCAGAACCGACCUCACUAGCACCCAAUCAGAGAACGAGCGCCUGGCUGCCGUCGCCCUGGAGAUGAGAGAGAGCUCUGAGCAGGUAGAGUUGCAGCGCACCCAACUGCGUGAUGACAUCAGAGAGUAUAAAGUGCGGGAGGCACGUCUGCUGCAGGACUACAGUGAGCUGGAGGAUGAGAACAUCUCCCUGCAGAAACAGGUGUCCCUGCUACGACAGAGCCAGGUGGAGUUUGAGGGUCUGAAGCAUGAGAUCCGUCGCCUGGAGGAAGACUCGCUGUGCCUCCACAGCCAGCAGGAGGAGGCCAUGCGCCUGAGGGAGAUCGCCGAGCGCCAGCUGACCGAGGCUCUGGAGACCAUUAAGACUGAGCGCGAGCAGAAGGCCGCCCUGCGUAAAGAACUGUCCCACCACAUGACCAUUGGGGACAACCUGUUACCAUACUACCACAGUUCCCUCAACGUCUCCCUGGACGGACUCAAGUUCAGCGAGGAUCCCACUGCUGCCACCAACGAGCCGAACCACGAUGACUCGUUCCGCGGCUACGAGAACGGCCUGGCCAAGGUGGCCGCCGACGGCAACGAAGAUAACAAAGCCAAACUUCGGCCCGCCCCCAGCCUAGUGGAUGACCUGCUGAGUGAACUCAACAUCUCAGAGAUCCAGAAACUCAAGCAGCAGCUCAUGCAGGUGGAGCGAGAGAAGGCGGCGCUCCUCUCCUCUCUGCAGGAGUCCCAGAAGCAGCUGGAGGUGGCCCACGGGACUCUAUCAGAGCAGCAGGAGACGGUGGGACGCCUCACUGAGAACCUCAGUGCCAUGAGGAAACUCCAGGCCAGCAAGGAGCGCCACUCGGCCCUGGACAGCGAGAAAGAGCGAGACAGCCGCGAUGACGGUGACGGGGACUACUACGAGUUGGACAUCAACGGGCCUGAGAUCCUGCAGUGUAAGUACACCAUCGCCGUAUCCGAAGCCGGGGAGCUCAGACAGGAGCUGAAGACACUUAAAGCCGAGUACCAGUCGUGCCGCAGCCAGUACGAAGAAGAGCGAGUCCGCCUGGAGAGCGACGUGGCAGGGCUGAGCGAAAAGCUGGCCUCCCUGGAGAAGACCAGCCGGCAGGAGCACGAGGAGGUGACGAGGCUGGAGAAGGAUCUGCGGCGAGUGAGUGAAGCGGUUGGCGAGUCGCAGGGAAGCCUGAACGUGGCGCAGGACGAACUGGUGACGUUCAGCGAGGAGCUGGCCAACCUCUAUAACCACGUGUGCAUGUGCAACAACGAGACGCCCAGCCGGGUCAUGCUCGACUACUAUAAGGAAGGCAAGGCCAGUAUAGGGGGCAGGGGCAGCCGAGAGGGGAAGACACAACAUCUGUCCCAUGUUCUGCUCUCCAACGGGCUGGUUCCUGAAACUGAAUCCAAUAAAUCUGAAGCCAGUGACCCAGCCACCCCAGAGUCCCGUUCAGAGCCCAUGAACAUCUAUAACCUAGUUGCCAUCAUCAGGGACCAGAUCCGUCACCUGCAGCAGGCGGUGGACCGCACCACAGAGCUGAGCCGCCAGAGGAUGGCCUCCAUGGAGCUGGGUACUGUGACCGAUAAGGACAAGGAGGCCUGCAUGGGGGAAAUCCUCAAACUCAAGUCUCUGCUCAGCACCAAGAGAGAGCAGAUCGCCACCCUGAGGGCCGUGCUCAAGGCCAACAAACAGACGGCUGAGGUGGCGCUGGCCAACCUGAAGAGUAAAUACGACAACGAGAAGACCAUGGUGACCGAGACCAUGUUGAAGCUCCGCAAUGAGCUCAAGGGCCUGAAAGAGGACGCUGCCACCUUCACCUCAUUACGGGCCAUGUUUGCUACAAGGUGUGACGAGUAUGUGACCCAGCUGGAUGACAUGCAGAGGCAGCUGGCUGCAGCGGAGGAUGAGAAGAAGACCCUGAACUCCCUACUCCGCAUGGCCAUCCAGCAGAAGCUGGCCCUGACCCAGCGACUGGAGGACCUAGAGUUUGACCACGAACAGGCGCGCCGCGGCGGGGGAGUGGCGGCGGGCGGGCGGGGGAAAACCUCCUCAUUGGCGCGGGGCAAAGGGGCAUCGGCCAAUCAUUAUUAAUUUAUUCAAGCCCAGUGGCCCCUUCAAAGGUUGACAGUCACCUUGCCGAUGAUUAAUUCAGUACACCCCCCCCCCGUGGCCUGAGACCCAUGUCAGAGACACACACUGCUGUAAUGCGAGGACUUUGAUAUCUGAGUGCAAACACACACCAGAGUAUGUGAGCGGAGUUGAGCGGUCAGAGAUCCCACUCGUUGCUCACGGAGCAGUCUUCUGCCACUCCAAAUUCGCUCCAUUCGUUUUCUGUUUAAAAAGAAUGAUUUAACAAACACCCCCAUCUACUUUUGUGACUAUGUACUCAUAUCAAGAUCUCUUUGCAUUAGUGGUGGGGUAGGCUAAAUAAAUACAACAGAAUACGCAUAAUUAAAAGAACAUAAUGAAGGAAAUGAAAACUGCUGGCCAGAGCAUGCCCAGAGAUCGUGGCUGAGCGGUACUGGAGCGAAAUUGAAGCGGGAUAGAAGGCCGACGGUCCAACGUUUUCGAAAUUUGCUCCAUGCUCCAGCCAAAUGAAGCACGCUCCACUUCCGCUCCACUCUGCUCACGUCCUCUGACACACACACACACACACACACACACACACGCUCUAGGCCCCUACAGACACGCAUGAAACCCCCAGGGGUUUUGUCCCUCUGUGCGGCUACAGUAAACAAGAAAGUCUCCUCGGUAUGAUGACCAAUAGAGGUCUAUUUCUAUGGGUAUGACCCGCAUUUGUGAUCCAGUCACUCACUCCACAUUGUCCACCUCUAUACCAUUAUAACUCUUUGUGUCUUUCCCCCGACUAUAGCCGACUCCAACUCAACGCCACGAUUUACGAUGGAGUUGAGUGGCGACUAGUGUUGGCGAACUGGAGCGCCAACGUCACAUAAAAACCCACUGUCGCGUGUAAUUACGGGCUAUGUUUUGGGUGCUGUAAUCAUUUUAUGUGAUAGUCGCCGCUCAACUCCAUCGUAAAUCAUGGAUUUGAGUUUAAUCGGCUACCCGGAUGACUGCGCCCUUUUAAUGUAUUUAUUUAUCUUUUAUUGCUUGUUGUAACUCAGUGAACGUGUGAGGUGUUCAUAAGCUUUUUGUUGCAUUUAAUAAUUGUUGAUAAUUGGAGCAUUCAUAAUAGAAUUUCCAUGGAGAGCAAACCUGUGUUGAUUUAUAUUUAUUUGUAGAGAAAGAUCAGAGGCAGGAAAGUCAUAGGAACUAAAGUGACUUGCUACAGUUCUCCCUGGGGUCAAUAUUCAGUGGGACUCCCAGGCUAAUGUAAGUUCUCUGCAAGAACAUGGAUGGAAAUCUUGAUUGGAAUGGGUCCUUUCUCUCUUUUGUUUUAAAUCUUUUCUCAUGUAUUUAGAUGUUUUAUUUAACCUUUAUUUAUCCAGGUGAGUCAAUUAAGAACAAAUGAUUCUUUACAAUGACCGCCUGGCAAAUUUUUAUAAUGUGAUUCAAAAAAGUUAACCGGUAAGCUGGAUGUUCAAGAAGGCUUUUUUCCCGCCUUAUUCUUCUACCUUCUGGUCUUAGUUUUGACUAGUAGUGCCUUUCUGUCCACAAAAGAGAAGCUAGAUUUCGUUUUUUAUGUUUUCAAUGUCUUUGAGAAGGAAUUUGGGUGAGAGGUUUUGACCCCAGUCAUUACAGAUUGAGGAAAAUAAUAGGAACUGUGGUGAAUUCUUUGAAGUGAUUCUGUGAUCCUCCAAAUGUUCAGAAUUGCAAAUUUAGGGUGCUAUUAUUAUAAAGAAAAAACUUAUUUUAAACGUUUCGAUACUAUAACUGUUAACUUUGGCUGCCGAGUUAGUGGUUCGAGGCAUUUACAACAGUGGCUGAUUGAGAGAUUACUAAUGCACAUACUUAUUUAUACUCUAGCGUGUAUGGCAAAGGUCAGGCAAUGUCAAUAUAGAAUUGACAAGUCUGGAGGAUCAUUUCUUUGUCUGUUUUAAUGCAAUUUUAUUAGCCCUUUGUAUGUCCUCUAAUAGAGUUGUUGUGACUUCAGCAAACAGAAGAAGUGAAGUCAUCAACACCUUCUGCAGUGCCAUUUAAUUCACAGCUUUGUUGAUGCAAUAAAAGUUACAUUUAUGAUUUUUUUUCCAUUUUUUUUCUCACAAGUGCAAUUAAACGCAGUAUCAAUAUGGAAAUAAGGUAUAAAAAUGCCGUCUGUUUGCUGAUGCUAUUGUUAUGUUUUACUACUUACUCACAAUCUUGAUCCAAUUUGAGUUUAUCUUUGUACUAAAUAACUUGUUUGUAUUUAUUUUAAACAAUGUCAUGUAUGUUGGUAUUGUCAAUAAUGUGGAUUAUGAUUAGUGGCAUAUUGAUACCAUAUUGAUGUCAUUUUCCAUGUUAUCUUCAAGGGACUUUGGGUGGAGAUGGUGGUCGUGUUCCACUGCUUGGUUCGUUGCAUGCCAUGUCAUCGACUGACAGAUUGCUAUAACAUAAUGAUGUGGUUAGCUGAUAGGUAAAAUACCUAUCCAGGCGUUGUAAGAUCUGGCAACGUCUAAGCAGUGGAACGCUCAAUAGAAGCCAGUAGCCUACUUACCUAUGUGAUGAUGAUGAUGAUGAUGAUGAUGUUGCACUGGCAAGGUGCAUGCUUAAUAGUAUAAACUUAACUUCAGACUUAAUGUGGUGGUGUUGGGGUUAUUAAAACAUAUAUAUUGAUCCUA